AUGACUCGACUGGAGAGGGCGACGGUCGUUGUCAAGCCACAGCUCAUGCAACGGUCUCGCACGCCGCCCAUACUCGACAGAUCUGCGCCCCUGGAGCAACAGCUCCCGCCAGAGCCAGAGAGGAUGACGCCCGAUCUUGCAAUGAGCGUGGCUGUCCUGCGCUACUUUCACAUCAACUAUGGCGGUCUAUCGGUCCAGUCGGCUGCGCCAAAGGGCAUCCAUCCUCGAACAUAUCAGCCCUUCUGGGCCAUCACGCUUGCAGAGUCAGAGGCCAGCAGAGUACUCGCAUCGUCAGAGCACAGGAUCCCUUUCAUAAGACGGAGGCCCGAUGCACGCUACUGGACAAGACUGCAAGACAUACGCGAUCCUCGACUGCUGACAAGCCAACCGCUCAGAUACGGCACGCGACUCGACAGAGAGGAGAAGAGGGAUCCUCCGCCUGAAUGGGACGAGCUGAGCGUGACUGUAGAGCGGUCAGUACAGCCGUUCCAGGCGAGUCGACAACCUCGCAACAUGCCCGGCAUCAGGAUCUUAAGCGAUCAUCAGUUCAGGCGGGCCGUGAAAGACGUCUUUGGCGGCUUCUACCAGCCUGGCAUGCUCAGGCAGAGCAUGGAAGACGAGCCAAGCUUGUUCGGGCGAGCGAUAGCCGGACACGAACGCAAGGACUUGGAGACUCAACUCAGCCGGAGACGAUAG